AUGUCGUCCGACGCAACUGCCCCGGGGCCCGAAGACCAGUUCGGCCGUGCCGCGUCUGUCGUCGAGUGGCGUGCAGACCUCGACCAUGCAGCUGCCACGCUGCCCGGCGCACCGCCCGUGCACGCCAUGGCGGACGAGCCGGGCGGAGGAUAUCGAGUGGCAUUCAAAGACCCUGUCGACGGCUUGCCUUUCCACCUUGUGUACGGGCAGGCACCCGUGACCGCUCCACAGUCCUACCCGACGCUCUUUCCUUGUCUGACACGGCUUCACCCGGCAAUAGGACCCGCCCCCGUCCACAAGUUUGGCCACUUUGGCAUGUGUGUCACCGACUUUGCCGCGGCCUACCGCUUCUACACCACCCGCUUCAACUUUGUCUCCAGCGACGUUGUCUACGAUGAUACCGAUACCAGCCGGGACCACUAUGUGGACGGCGACCUGGUGAACCGCCAGUGCAAGCCAAACCGGUCGCAGGCCUCACCAGAUGGUCUGCACAUAUGGGGGGCACGACCCGACUGCUGUAGAACGGACGGAGCCGAUGGACGAUGGUCGUCGAAUGCGUGA